UGGACCUCACUAUCCAACCACAGAGAGAAGAGGGUGGAGAAAAGCUGGGAAAGAGGGGCACCGUGGGACAGUCAUUCACUCAGUGGGCUUGAAGUUCAGGGAAUGUAACCUUGGAUGACAGCGGGUGCAAGUUCAGGAAAAAUAUCUAAUGGAGGAAUUUCUGUCCCUGCUCUGCCGCAGUUGUUGACUUCAUUGCAAGAGAGUCCAGGUGGUGACCUACAAUGCAGCCGGAACAAGUUUACACAUCUUUGAUGGACAUAUACCUCAUUCUACCGUAUCACUACUGAGUACUUUGUCACAAUGCAUUGGGAGUAAUUCCAGAUUAAUUUUUUUCCCCCCUUUUUUUGGGAUUAUGUCUCAUUUUCAUAUCUGUCAACAAAUGCUGUUCCGUGGAAUCAGCAGAAGUGGAUUAUGAGAAGCUAUCUCCAUCUAUCUACAAAAGAUGGGCAUGAGGAGGGACGGUACAAUAUGUAAAAGAGUACAGCCUGCUGCUUUCUCCUGAUUUGAGACCACCAGCUAGUGUCAGUGAAGGUCAUCACCAUGGUGACCUUCGCUGACACGACGCAGGUCUCCCAUUUGGAGCUGCAUGAGCCUCCCUGUGUGAGUGCCGCUCUGUCUCCGGGGCUGAGGAGGAAAAAAAUGCUGUGGCAGAACGCAGUGAAACACAUCAUCACCCAACAGGAGCUCAGCUCUCAGGUGGGUGUGGAACCCGCACAGAAAAUCUUUGUGACGGAUACUUACAUAGACGAGAUCAACAGACAAAUCCGCAGCAAGGCCUCGCGUGGGAUCACGAAACGGCGCUCCUCUACAGUCAGAGUCCACCCCCGUGGUUCCUACAGCGUGCCGAACAGUGUCAGGGGUUCUGCACAGGAUUACACCAGUGAUGCCGACUUCUUUGUCCACUGGGGCAAUACUAUCCGUGGUGUUUACAUACCCAGGCUGCGGCACACCUUCAAGUCCCGGGAUCUGGAGAAACUCUACCAGCAAUACUCUUCCCACCAAAGACGAAACUCUCUAGCCAUCACCAAUGUCAUUGAUGCAGUGGCCAAGCUACACGUGUUGGUUCUGUACCUGGCGUUGGCCCCAGGGGGUGUCACUGACACUCUGCGUAGCUACAUGACAAUCAUUUUUAUGAUUUUAGCUAUAGCUCUUUGUAUCGUGGUGUUAACGUGCAAAGAUUCCAUGUCCCCAGACUGGCUUCAUUACGCUGGUCUCGCCAGCUGGUUGUCUCAGACCACCCAGGUGUUGGGGGGAAUGGCGUAUGGACUAGAAAAAGACCCAUCUUGGUAUGUUUUGUUCACACUGUUUGCAACAUACACGCUGUUGCCACUACCUCUGCUGUGGGCCAUGUCCGCUGGCGGCCUCACCUCAAUACUGCACCUUGGGGUGGAGAUGGUGCACCACUAUGAUGAUGCUGUUCUUUUGAAAAAGGUGCUUGCCAAAGGCCUGCUGUAUCUGGGUAUGAACACUGCUGGGUUAUUCAUCCACUACCUGACAGACCAUGCCCAGAGACAGGUUUUCCUAGAGACGCGGCGCUGCAUCGAGGGUCGCCUCAAACUAGAGCAAGAGAACCAGAGACAGGAGCGCCUGGUCCUGUCAAUCCUGCCUCGCUUUGUUGCCUUGGAAAUGAUUGCUGACAUGAGCUCAAUGGAAGAUGAACUCAACCCUCAGGAGUUUCACAAGAUCUAUAUCCACCAGUACAGAGACGUUAGCAUUCUUUUUGCAGAUAUCAAAGGCUUCACUCAGUUAUCUAUGAACCUGUCGGCCCAAGAUUUGGUUCGAACCCUCAAUGAGCUUUUUGGACGCUUUGAUCGACUGGCAGAGGAGCAUCACUGCUUGCGUAUAAAAAUACUGGGAGAUUGUUACUACUGUGUUUCAGGGGUCCCUGAGCCACAGCCUGGCCAUGCCCGUUACUGCGUUGAGAUGGGCCUGGCUAUGAUCAGCACUAUACAACUCGUCCGGAAGCAGCUGAAGUUUGAUGUGAACAUGAGGAUCGGUAUCCACUCUGGUUCUGUCCUGUGUGGCGUGCUGGGCCUGCAGAAAUGGCAGUUCGAUGUCUGGUCCUGGGAUGUGGGAAUCGCCAACAUGCUGGAAGCUGGGGGCAUCCCAGGACGCGUCCACAUCUCCAGGGCAACUCUGGAUUGCCUAGAAGGCACCUAUAAAACAGAAGACGGCCAUGGCCGUGAGAGGAAUGAGUUUCUCCGAAAACACAACAUCGACACCUUCCUCAUUUGCCCUCCAGAGGAAGGAAAUCAAGAUGGCAACGCUGAGCCUGUCAAAAUCCCCAAAACUGUUCGAACCUGGGACCCAGAGAUCCCUUUUGGGCACGUUAUUGACAUGAAUAGCAUACUGGCCUCCUUCACUAACGGCUCACUGCCCAGCAUAUGGCAGUCGACCUCCAGAGAGAUUAACAAGCGCAUCAAACAUGCAAUAGAGGUUCGGAGCAGCGAGCGUAUGCACAACGAGCACAUCACUCCACUGUCCCUGGUAUUCAAGGAUUCACACAUCGAGGAUAAGUUCUCCCAGAUUAGAGAUGAAAUGUUCAACUCCAACAUGGUGUGCUCCUUCAUUGUGCUCCUCUUCCUCAUGGCUGCUCAGGCCAUCAUGCCUGCUCCCAGACAAUUCCCCGCAAUCCUCCAGUUUUCAGUCUUUCUACUGGCAUAUAUGCUGCUGCUGCUGGUUGCUCUUGCAGAAGAGUUCAGGUGGACUCCGGCAGUGCUGCAGCACUUUGCCUGCUGGAUCCAUGAAAACAACAGCGCCCGCAACAUCCUCACCCUCACAGCUAUUGUCAUUAACUUUGGCUUGGCCUCCACUGACAUGAUGUGGUGCGUCCUGACAACAACCGAAGAGGCUGACAAUGUGGACAAAAUGAAAACCAGCUCACGUGCAUUCACUGUCUGCAUUUACCCUGAGAUCUUCGUGUUGAGUGCCGUGGUCACCAUGGUGACAUGCGCUGUCUUCCUGCGACUGAACUCCCUGCUGAAGCUGGCGGUGUUGCUGCUGGUGGUGACGGUGUACUCUUAUUUCAUCCACCUGGCCUUUGCCACACUCACACGCCAGGACAUGCAACAUAGGUCUCACUAUAUGAGGAGAAAAGGAAUUUCUAUCCUUCUUAUGGGCAUGUUUAUAGUUGCUGUUUUCUACAACGGACGGCAGUGGGAAGCUACUGCCAGACUGGACUUCCUGUGGCGUCUGCAGGCCCAGCAGGAGGUGGAGGACAUGAGGGAGUUACGUGAACAUAACGAGUGUCUCCUGCACAACAUCCUGCCGGUGCAUGUAGCAAAACAUUUUCUGGAGCGAAACAAAAAUGAUCAGGAGCUCUACUCCCAGUCUUAUGAUGAAGUGGGCGUGAUGUUUGCCUCCGUCGCCGGCUUCAACGAAUACUUCGAGCAGAAAGAGAUUAAACAUGAAGGGGUGGAUUGUCUCCGACUGCUGAAUGAGAUCAUAGCGGGCUUUGAUGAGUUGUUGGAGGAGUCAUACUUCCACUGUGUGGAGAAGAUCAAGACAAUCGGGAGCUGCUACAUGGCGGCGUCUGGUUUAGCUCCAAGUAAACGGGCAUCCAUGGAUGAGUGGAAUCACCUGAGUGAGCUGGUGUUGUUUGCGUUGGCGAUGCAGGAGACAUUGAAAGAGAUUAACAGGCACUCUGCCCAAAACUUUGAGCUGCGUGUUGGCAUAGCCCACGGGCCAGUGGUCGCGGGGGUGAUCGGGGCCAUGAAACCACAGUAUGACAUCUGGGGAUCAACGGUGAAUCUGGCGAGUCGCAUGGAAAGCACAGGUGUGAGCGGACGCAUCCAGGUGCAUGAGGCCACCCGCAAGAUCCUGGCCGACUGGGGCUUCGUCCUGGAGCUACGGGGAGAAAUAUUUAUCAAAGGGGUGAGCGAGUACCAAGGGAAAGUCCGCACAUACUACAUCAGCACCAAGCGCAGUAAGCGGGACAUCGUCGGAACAGAGAGACGCCCAGGAGGGCGAGCCGGGGGACGCAUGACCCUGGCAGGAGUCGUGUUUGGUCUUGUCCAGGCCAGACACAAAGAGAAGAUGAGAGAGAACAAUGGGAACUUUGGGUUGAUUCCCUGUAAACUGGACUGCUGAGGGCUGCACAAACAGUUCCCACAGGUUUACAGGCUGGGGCAGAUUACACCUGAGCACAUGUUCCAGCUUCUUCCAUGCUGCUUUCAUGUCUUUUAUUUCCCCUUUCAAACUUAAAAAUAUUGGACAGCUUACUUAAAACUGUCCACUGGAUUCCUUAUGUCAUGGGGUUCAGCGGUAGUACUGAACAUUACUGCAUGUUGGACUGGCCUACUUUAACUUGACACAAACAUCUUGAGAGCUCUGUUUUCUUUUGUUUUCGUAAUGCCAUUUUGUACAGUUAUAAAAAGCCAACAUGUCUUUUCAUUUGCUGGGAUGAUAAUACAGCAAAAAGUCAGACUUCUGAGCCAAAUACAGAUUACCUCUACCUGACCAGAUAGACUGGCCUACAUAUACCACUGAUUAGUCUCUUUUUUUUUUUAACUAGUUUAUUCUUUUUUAGUGGAGUUUACAAUUACAGCAUUGCUGCAUAUAUGUAUAUGUACUGUAUAUAAACUGGUUGUUGUCUGGUUUUGUACUGUUAAAUGCUUCUUAAGCUUAUUUUGAGAUUUCUGUCAUAAGAGCUCAUUGUCACUCUUUAAAACAAAAGGAAUAAGGACUGUUGAAUUUUUCCCCUAUGUAAUCAUAGUACAUAUUAGAGGCUUGAUGCAGAUUACCAUUGUCAUAUGCAAACUUUAACUUCACAUUAAGGCAAUGAAAUCCUCAGUGGGACCUUCUGCAGUCACAUUCAUCGAUUGUUCAAAUGUGUAAAAGGUGAAAGUCUAAAGAACAAUAACCCAAAGUUUGCACCUCCAAUGUUUAUGGCACAACAUACGAAGCAGCCCUUUGAUGAUCAAGUAACAUUUUACAGUAUGUGAUAUAUAUAUAUACAAUUUCUGUAAGACUGUUAGCAAAAUUGGAUGUUCAUUUUUAAAUGUGCUGUGUUCAUUUUAUAUUUUUUUACAGAAACAUUUAAUAGUAGAUGCUUAUAUUUAAAAAAAAUUACAUAUAUAGUCUGUGGUUUUUAAGGACAUUCAUUAAAUGAUUAUUGGAAUGGAUUUAUAAAUGUGAUGCGCUUGUUAAAAGUUAAAUUGUGCAAAUUAACUUGCAUAAUGGGGAAAAUAAAAAUUCAUAC